AUGUUUUGUUGGACUGAUUCUACAAUUUUUCUCCAUUGGUUAAAAAUUUCUAAUCAAAAGUAUCAAGCAUUUGUAGAAAAUUGUUUAGUAAAAAUUCGCACUUUAUUCCCAAUCGAAUUUUGGAAAUAUGUAGAGUCUACACGAAAUCCUGAAGACAUGAUUUCUCGUGGAAGUUCGUUCAAAUUUAUUUUUAAAAACAGUCUUUGGUUUAAUGGUCCUAAUUAUCUUAAUGACAUUUUAAUUCCAUGGCCUAUUUAUAAUUUGUUAGAACCUAAUGAUGGUGAAGAUAACAUAUGCUUGUUAACUACUGUCAAACCCUUGAAAAUUAAUUUGAAAUUUAUUAAUACUGAUAUAUUCAGUAGUUAUGAACAAUUAAAUAAAACAUGUGUAGUCAUAAAGCCUACUAUUUCAGCUGACGAAAUUGAAAGAGAAAAGACACUCUGGGUGCAAAAUGAACAACGUGAUGUCAUGACAAACAAAAAUUUUAAACAAUUGAAAAGCGACCUUGGACUUCGAGUUGUUGAUGGAAUUAUUCAAUGCCACGGAAAAAUGGACAGUGCACUAAUUCCAAGAGAUGCUAAAUUUCCUAUUUUUAUUCCACACAGUAGUCAUUUGUCAAAGUUGUUGAUUGUUUAUUUUUAUAAAUUAGUGAAGCAUAAUGACUUAAAAGAAACUCUUUCCGAGCUGAGAACUAAGUUUUGGAUUCCUCAAUGUAGACAGUUGAUUUGUAACUACCCUCCAUCUCCUCCUCUUCCUCUGUGUCGUUUAUGUGAUGAGUAUCCAUUUAAGUAUACUGCAGUAGAUUAUGCUGGUCCUGUAUUUAAUAAAAAUAUAUAUGGAGACAGUGACAUUAUGUACAAAGGAUGGAUUUUUUUGUUUACCUGUGCUAGCACUCGUUCUAUUUGUUUGGAUUUGGUAUCUGAUAUAUUGUCUGCUGUAUAUAUUCUUGGAUUGAGAUGUUUUUUCGCUAGAAGAGGUGUUCCUAGUAAAAUUAUAUCUGAUAAUGGUACACCGUUUGUUGCCAAACAAAAGCAGCUAUUUGCAAGUAAUAAAUCAAUUGAAUGGCAAUUCAAUGUACCAUCUGCCCUGUGGUGGGGUGGGUUCUUUGAGAAAAUGGUAAAAAUGGUCAAAAGAUGCCUCAAGGAAGUUGUUGGAAAAGCUUCAAACAAAUGUUAG